GAGAGAGAGAGAGAGAGAGAGAGAGAAACUUAGCUACAAAAAGGGUGAUUAGAUACUCCCAUCCCAAGAAUCUCUCUCCCCUGUAUUGGGUGUUUUGUUUUUUCUUUUCUUCUGUUUCCUCUUAUUCUUUGGGACCUGUAGCUAAGAUCUGCAGACUGGGAGGACUAACUGCAGGGAGAAAGCACCGUGCGCGGAAAGGGAGGAUAGUCUGCUGGGAGGAACGACGCGCUCCACUCUGGUGUCUCAGUAGUUUGCCGGAGUCCAGAUCCCGGCUUCCCCGCCCCUAUUCCCUGCUCCUCCCCCACUAUCCACCCCUCUCCCUUCUAUCCCCUUUUCACCAUGUAAAGUCUCCCGGGGGCCUUCUCGGACUAGUCGAAGAGACAAGCAACUUUGCUUUCUCGCGUGGGCCAAACCAGGACAGGGCAGGGCAGAGCAGAGCAGAGUCUGGCAAAGCCGGGACAAGGACUGGACCGGACCCACCACAGCACGAUGACCGAAGAGAGCAAAGGGGAAGGCAAAGGGGAGAGCGGGAAAGACCUAGAGAAGCAGCUUCGCCUCCGAGUGUGUGUCCUGAGCGAGCUCCUGAAGACCGAAAGGGACUAUGUGGGGACGCUGGAGUUUCUGGUGUCGGCCUUUUUGCAUCGAAUGAUCCAAUGCGCAGCAUCAAAAGUUGACAAAAAUGUUACAGAAGAAACUGUGAAGAUGCUUUUUUCAAACAUUGAAGAUAUACUUUCAGUUCAUAAAGAAUUUCUCACUGUGGUGGAAGAGUGUUUACAUCCUGAACCUAAUGCGCAACAGGAAGUUGGAACCUGCUUUCUUCACUUUAAAGAUAAGUUUCGUAUUUAUGAUGAAUACUGCAGUAACCAUGAAAAAGCACAGAAAUUACUUCUUGAACUUAACAAAAUAAGAACUAUAAGGACAUUUCUUUUGAAUUGUAUGCUACUUGGAGGAAGGAAGAAUACAGAUGUUCCAUUGGAAGGCUAUUUAGUAACACCAAUACAAAGAAUUUGCAAGUAUCCACUCCUUUUGAAGGAGUUACUGAAACGGACUCCAAGGAAACACAGUGACUAUGCAGUUCUGAUGGAAGCCCUCCAGGCCAUGAAAGCUGUUUGUUCCAACAUAAACGAGGCCAAGAGACAGAUGGAAAAAUUAGAAGUCUUGGAAGAAUGGCAAUCUCAUAUUGAAGGCUGGGAGGGUUCCAACAUCACAGAUACCUGCACUGAAAUGCUAAUGUAUGGGGUUUUGCUGAAAAUUUCUGCAGGAAAUAUUCAAGAACGGGUGUUUUUCCUUUUUGAUAAUCUUUUGGUAUAUUGCAAAAGAAAACACAGGCGGUUAAAGAAUAGCAAGGCCUCUACAGAUGGACACCGUUAUCUUUUUCGUGGCAGAAUCAAUACUGAAGUGAUGGAAGUUGAGAAUGUGGAUGAUGGAACAGCUGACUUCCACAGUAGUGGACAUAUUGUUGUUAAUGGUUGGAAGAUACAUAAUACAGCAAAGAAUAAAUGGUUUGUGUGUAUGGCUAAAACACCUGAAGAAAAGCAUGAAUGGCUAGAAGCUAUUAUGAAAGAAAGAGAAAAGCGAAAAGGCUUAAAACUGGGGAUGGAACAAGAUACUUGGGUUAUGAUUUCUGAACAGGGAGAGAAACUUUACAAAAUGAUGUGUCAACAAGGAAAUCUUAUCAAAGACAGAAAAAGAAAAUUGACUACCUUCCCUAAAUGUUUUCUUGGAAGUGAAUUUGUAUCCUGGUUGUUGGAGAUUGGUGAGAUUCAUAAACCUGAAGAAGGAGUUCAUUUGGGACAAGCACUAUUAGAAAAUGGAAUUAUUCACCAUGUUACUGAUAAACAUCAAUUCAAACCAGAACAGAUGCUAUAUAGAUUUCGCUAUGAUGAUGGGACAUUUUAUCCAAGAAAUGAAAUGCAAGAUGUGAUUUCCAAGGGUGUAAGAUUAUAUUGCCGCCUUCACAGUCUGUUUACUCCAGUGAUAAGGGAUAAAGAUUACCAUCUAAGGACAUACAAAUCUGUGGUCAUGGCCAACAAAUUGAUAGAUUGGCUAAUUGCACAGGGAGAUUGCCGGACCAGAGAAGAAGCAAUGAUCUUUGGCGUAGGUCUUUGUGACAAUGGAUUUAUGCACCAUGUCCUUGAAAAAAGUGAAUUCAAAGAUGAACCCCUACUUUUCCGUUUUUUUGCGGAUGAAGAAAUGGAAGGCUCAAACAUGAAACAUAGACUUAUGAAGCAUGAUUUAAAAGUUGUGGAAAAUGUUAUUGCUAAAUCAUUACUGAUUAAAUCUAAUGAGGGAAGCUAUGGUUUUGGAUUAGAAGAUAAAAAUAAAGUUCCAAUCAUUAAAUUAGUAGAAAAGGGAUCAAAUGCAGAGAUGGCUGGAAUGGAAGUUGGGAAGAAAAUUUUUGCCAUUAAUGGUGAUUUAGUUUUUAUGAGACCAUUCAAUGAAGUUGAUUGCUUCUUGAAAUCAUGCUUAAACAGCAAAAAGCCUCUUAGAGUUCUUGUGAGCACAAAACCAAGGGAGUAAGUUGUAAUAUUCAAUUCAAUAGAUGGUCUUGGAUUCAGAUUAGAGAGCAUUUGUCCUUCAGUAUUACAUUUUUGACAAUUUUCCCAAUGUUUUUUUAAAGGUACUGUGGCUGCAGCUGCGGGUCUUCACCCUGGACAGUGCAUAAUCAAAGUAAAUGGAAUUAAUGUCAGCAAGGAGACACAUGCCAGUGUAAUUGCCCAUGUCACAGCUUGUAGGAAAUAUAGACGACCAAUGAAGCAAGAUUCCAUACAAUGGGUCUAUAACAGUAUUGAGAGUGCCCAAGAAGAUCUUCAGAAAACAAACUCUAAACCUCCAGGAGAUGAUGGAGGGGAUGCUUUUGAUUGCAAAGUGGAAGAAGUAAUUGACAAGUUCAACACAAUGGCUAUCAUUGAUGGAAAGAAGGACCAUGUGAGUCUGACUGUAGACAAUGUCCACCUGGAAUAUGGUGUUGUAUAUGAAUAUGAUAGCACUGCAGGCAUAAAAUGCAAUGUGGUAGAAAAAAUGAUUGAACCCAAAGGUUUCUUCAGCUUGACUGCAAAGAUUCUUGAAGCUCUGGCCAAAAGUGAUGAACAUUUUGUGCAAAACUGCACUAGCUUAAACUCUUUAAAUGAAGUCAUCCCUGCUGAUCUUCAGAGUAAAUUUGGCACCAUUUGCAGUGAUAAAAUUGAGCACAUAUGUAGAAGAAUAUCCAGUUACAAAAAGUUUUCACGUGUACUUAAGAAUAGAGCCUGGCCUACCUUUAAACAGGCCAAGUCCAAAAUCUCCCCAUUGCACAGCAGUGAUUUUUGUCCCACUAAUUGCCACAUCAAUGUCAUGGAAGUCUCUUAUCCCAAAACCUCAACGUCCCUGGGGAGUGCCUUUGGAGUACAAUUGGACAACAGAAAACAUAAUUCCCAUGAUAAAGAAAAUAAAGUUUCUGAGCAAGGAAAACUCAAUCCUAUGGUAUAUAUCCAGCAUACUAUCACCACCAUGGCAGCCCCUUCAGGACUGUCUCUUGGACAGCAGGAUGGACAUGGCCUCCGGUAUCUGUUAAAAGAGGAGGACCUAGAAACACAAGACAUCUAUCAGAAAUUGCUGGGCAAGCUCCAGACUGCUUUGAAAGAGGUAGAAAUAUGUGUCUGUCAAAUAGAUGACCUUCUGUCUUCAAUAACAUAUUCUCCCAAAUUGGAACACAAAACAUCUGAGUCUUUAAUACCAACUGACAGUGACAAUGAGAAGGGAGAAAGGAAUGGGAAAAAGGUCUGUUUUAAUGUAGCAGGAGAUGAACAGGAAGAUUCAGGGCAUGACACUAUCAGCAACAGAGAUUCCUACAGUGAUUGUAACAGCAAUAGAAAUUCCAUUGCCUCUUUCACUAGCAUAUGCAGUAGCCAGUGCAGUUCCUAUUUUCACAGUGAUGACAUGGACUCGGGUGAUGAACUUCCUUUGAGCAUUCGUAUUUCUCAUGAUAAACAGGACAAGUUACAUGGCUGUUUAGAACAUCUUUUUAGUCAGGUGGACUCAAUUACCAAUCUUCUUAAAGGGCCUGCUGUGGUGAGAGUCUUUGAACAGACCAAGUACUUCACACCAGGUCGAGGAUUACAAGAGUUUCAACAGGAAAUGGAGCCUAAGUUAAGCUGUCCAAAAAGACUACGGCUUCACAUCAAGCAAGACCCUUGGAAUCUUCCCAGUAGUGUCCGUAAUCUUGCACAGAAUAUCAGAAGAUUUGUUGAAGAGGUGAAGAGUAGAAUACUUCUGGCUCUUCUUGAAUAUACAGACAGUGAGAUACAGCUCCGAAGAGACAUGGUUUUCUGCCAAAGUCUAGUAGCCACAGUCUGUUCUUUUUCUGAGCAACUAAUGGCUGCCUUAAAUCAGAUGUUUGACAAUAGCAAAGAGAAUGAGAUGGAGACUUGGGAAGCAAGUAGACGGUGGCUGGAACAGAUUGCCAAUGCAGGAGUUCUUUUUCACUUUCAGUCACUACUCUCACCCAAUUUGACUGAUGAACAAGCCAUGCUAGAAGAUACACUGGUUGCAUUAUUUGAUUUGGAAAAAGUUUCCUUUUAUUUCAGACCAGCAGAACAGGAACUACUAGUUGCAAAUGUACCUCUUACAUAUCAAGCAGAAGGAAGUCGGCAAGCUUUGAGAGUUUAUUUCUACAUUGAUAGCUAUCACUUUGAACAACUGCCUCAGAGAUUGAAGAAUGGAGGAGGAUUUAAAGUCCAUCCCGUUCUUUUUGCACAAGCACUGGAAAGCAUGGAAGGAUAUUAUUACAGAGACAGUGUUUCUGUGGAAGAAUUUCAAGCCCAGAUUAAUGCCGCUUCAUUGGAAAAAGUUAAACAGUAUAACCAGAAGCUUAGGGCUUUCUACCUGGACAAGUCAAAUUUACCUCCUAAUUCCACAUCAAAAGCUGCUUAUAUAGAUAAGCUCAUGAGACCUCUGAAUGCUUUGGAUGAACUCUAUCGCCUAAUAAUCUCAUUCAUUAGAUCUAAACGAACAGCAGCCUGUGCUUACACAGCAUGCAGUGCCUCAGGAGUUGGACUACUGUCAGUUUCUUCAGAACUCUGCAACAGACUAGGAGCAUGUCACAUCAUCAUGUGCAAUAGUGGAGUGCAUAGAUGCACUCUGAGUGUUACUCUAGAACAGGCUAUAAUUCUGGCUAGAAGUCAUGGAUUACCCCCCCGGUACAUCAUGCAAGCUACUGAUGUAAUGCGAAAGCAGGGAGCAAGAGUACAGAACACAGCCAAGAAUUUAGGAGUCAGGGACCGGACGCCACAAUCUGCUCCACGGUUGUACAAGUUGUGCCAACCACCUCCUCCUGCUGGAGAAGAAUGAAGCAAAAUUCUCACUAAGAAGGCAAAUAGCUGCUUCUGGAAUAAUGGACAAGAAGCCUGGGCUUUUCCUUGUAAAUCACAUUGUGACUCUGGAUAAACUUCCUGAACUAAAGAAAUUGUUUAUAUUUUUCCUAUCACUGUUACUUAUUAAGCAAAAAAGAAAAAAAAAACAGAUUUGGGAAUCUAAAUCUCAAUAUUUCUUCUGUAAGGAUAUAAGUAGCUAACUCAUUUUGCUGCUUUUUAACCUGGGAGAUUAUCACUGAAAAUGUGUUGCAAUUUCUAAUAGUCAGCUUAAACUCUCACAAAUCACUCUCUCAUCAUAAAUUAGCAUCAAAUAUCAAAUUUAAAAGGUAUUGCCAUUGGUUCUUGAAAUUUACAGAAAAUCAAAGAACAUUUCCAAUAACGAAACAAUGGAGUACUUUUUUUUUCAUUUCAUCCUAUUAAAGGCAUGAAUACUGACAGAUUUAAACUAUUUCAUUUUUUCAAAAUGUAAAGAAUAAUGUAAUCAACUCUUCUACUUUAGAAAAUUUGAUCAUUUAUUUCUGGAUUGUGGUUAUCCUUUUUAAAUACCCCUAAAUAUAUAUUUUUUUCUUUCUUUUUCUUUCUUUUCUUAUUUUGGGGUUGAAUAUGUGAGAACAUAUAUAAAUAUAAAUUUGAAUGCUUCUAAAAGAGAUGUUUAAAUAUUUUGUAGGCUGUGUCAUUCUCUUCCAUCUUUCUAAGCACUGGGAAAAUGAAUGAAAAUAGAUCUUUUUUUAGCUCACUUCCUGGAAUCCCCCAGGAUUCAAAGAUGGAUAAAUAGGAGAACUGGUAGGUAACAUACCUUUCAUAUGCUUUCUUUAUGAUCUUUAUGAUCCCCAAUGCAUUCUCUGGCCCACCAUUGUUCAUACCUGCUGUGAUCUAUGUGUAUAUAUGAAAAAAAUAUUGUCAGCUGAGGGCCAGCCUUGGAGUCAGAAUCCAGAUUCAAAUACUUCUCAGGUACUGAAGUACACAGCACUUGUUGUGUGACUUUGGGUAAGUCACUUAACUACUCAGUGACCCCAGCCAAUUCUAUUAAUAUUAAGUUAUAAAUGAGUUGUAUACCUGCCCCCAGAGAAGGGAACAUUGAUGUUAGGGAGAUUCCCACAGCAAUAAAAUCAUGACUCUGGAUGUUCCAGUCUCCAUCCAAAAAAAAAAAAAAAAAAAAAAAAAA